CGUAGCGCAGAGCCAGCGCCGAUGGCGGAGCGGCGCGUGUCGCGGUGGUACUUCGGCGGCCUCGCGUCCUGCGGGGCCGCUUGUUGCACCCACCCGUUGGACCUGCUGAAGGUCCACCUGCAGACGCAGCAGGAGGUGAAGAUGCGGAUGAUGGGGAUGGCGAUGCGCGUGAUCCGCACCGAUGGCUUCCUGGCUCUGUACAACGGGCUCAGCGCCUCGCUGUGCCGGCAGAUGACGUAUUCCCUGACCCGCUUCGCCAUCUACGAGACCGCGAGGGAUCGCCUGGGCCAGGGCAGCCAGGGGCCUCCCCCCUUCUACCAGAAGGUGCUGCUGGGGGCCGUGGGAGGUUUCACCGGGGGGUUUGUGGGGACCCCAGCAGACAUGGUGAACGUCAGGAUGCAGAACGACGUCAAGCAGCCGCCUGCUCUGCGGCGCAACUAUUCUCAUGCCCUGGACGGCAUGUACCGCGUGCUCCGGGAAGAGGGCUUGAAGAAACUCUUCUCGGGAGCUACAAUGGCAUCCAGCCGAGGGGCCCUAGUCACUGUUGGGCAGCUCUCCUGUUAUGACCAGGCCAAGCAGCUGGUUCUCACAACUGGGUUGCUGUCAGACAACAUCUUCACUCACUUCCUGGCCAGCUUCAUCGCUGGUGGAUGUGCAACAUUCCUGUGCCAGCCCCUGGAUGUGCUCAAGACUCGCCUCAUGAACUCUCAGGGCGAGUACCGAGGUGUUGCCCACUGUGCUAUGGAAACCGCCAAGCUCGGCCCCUUCGCCUUCUACAAGGGCUUCGUUCCUGCUGCCAUCCGGCUCAUUCCUCACACCGUCCUCACCUUUGUCUUCCUGGAACAGCUGCGCAAAUAUUUUGGGAUCAAAGUGAGCACCUGAGUAGGAGGGAUAGGACCCUGCCUCACCCUGGAGGGUGAGCCUGUGGGUCACUGCUGACAUCCCAGAGCCCCUCUCCACUGCCUGGGGCCGGUGCCAGUCCUCCCCCUUCCCCGCUCCUGUGCCUUGCCAGGGCGUGUGCCCAGCUCCUCUUUUCUCUCUCACCCCCAUUCUCAGCACCUCAUUACUUUUGGGCUGUUCCCAGGCCUCUUGUCCCCCUGCACUGUUGGUUUGGGGUUGGCCACGAGGUCUGUCCUUUUCCACCAAGCCCUGACGUGUCUCUGCGCACAGGACUGUGAGUCCUGAUGAGGAGGGAGUCACAGCCCAGGCCGCAGGGGGCCUGUGCUAGGGGCAGGGGAGCACACCGCCAGCCCCACUGUGAGUGGCAACCCGACCCUCCAGCAUGGCUCAGGGAGCCAGUCUUGGUGGCGUUGGCCCCAUCAACCCAGGGCCUCCAGCAAGUCCUGCCCCACUGCCUCUGCCUGGCCAAAGUGCCCCAGCGCCCGCCGGCUGCUGGGCUCCUCAGGGAUUGUGCCUCAUACCAAUGAUGGGGGAAAGCAGAGCCUGGAGUGAGGGGCAGGGCCCGGACCCCUGCCCAGGCUGCAGCCCCUCUCACUGCCCUGCCUGUGCUUGGGGUAGCUGCCCCCCUGUCCCCUGGCUCCAGCCAGGGCCAAGUAGCUCCAACUUGGGCUCUGGGGCUGCUCCCCCUCCCCCCUGACCCGGCCUGGGGUGGGCACAUCCAUCCUGUCCCCCCGUGCCCUCAUCUCCCAUCCCCGUGUGCCCCCAGGCUGCCUCGCAGCCCCCUCGCCCCACUCUGCCCUGCACAUGGGGGCUGGGGGCACUGCCCCCCCGCCACAUGUCCCCUUGUGUGAGGUGGCCCUGAGGGAUCAAACAACUGGUACAUCUGUGACUUUGAUACGUAAUAAAUAGUGGAACAAGGA